CCAAUGAAUACAAAAUUCUUACUGACUAGGAAGGCUAAGCUAACAUUAAAACAUUAAAAUUUAUCCUACUCAGAAGUGCACGGCAGUCAACAAACCCACCUAUAACACUAGUCACAAAAGAGCAAGACAAAAAUGCCCUUCUGUUAUUCAAGGAUGACAAGUCUAUGAGCAUGCACCGUGAGCUAUAGGAUGGAACUGGUUCCGUGAAUUUUAAAGAAUUCUUUGAAACACGUGGUUUGCCGAAUAUAUAUACGAAGGAACAACUUUUUGAAUAUAUUACAUCUUUAAAUGCCAAGACUCAUAAUGCUGCCAUGUUAGAGCGCAUUCAUACACGUGGCGCUUCAAUAUCAGUAGCUACAUCUCCGAGUCAAGAUGAGUGUCCAGAAGAACUAAAGAAUCUUGUUUAUCCUUUCGACUUAGCUUGGGAAAAAUCCCAAUGUGAAAGACAGCAACGUGAACCACUGAAAUCUGCGGAAUCUUCAUGUCUGACCACUGCUGAUCAGGCUACAUCGGCAAUGGGAACUUUAAAUAUUAACGUGCCCUGUGCAUGCCAAGAAAAUAAGUCUUAAGAGUAAAAACAUCUCAAAACAAUAGGGAACGACACUAUUAGUAUUUUGGUCUGACCGAAUUGAAAUUCAAUAUACUGUUACAACAAAAA